AUGCAUCGUGCCUGUGGCUUGGUGUUUGGUCUGCCCGUCUCUGCUGCCCUUCUCGGCCGCCAAAAGGUGAAACGGCGCAUCAUCUGGCCUGACUCGACGUGGCAGGCGUCCCGGUUUCUUUUUAAUUUUUUUGCAGAGCGGUGCUGGUGUGGUGUGGAGUGGAGUGGUGUGGUGCAGGCGUGGAGCUCGGAUGUGUCAGUAAUAGAUGGGGUUUGCACAGCGGAUGCAGAGCACGGCCACUGUGCAGGCAUGCAGCGAGCCAUUGAUUCUCCGUCCCCAACCAAGCAGCGCAGCGCAGCGCAACGCACUUGGGCCGGCGCGGCAUGGCACCGUCAGAUAGAUGCUCCUUGGGGCCUUGGGAGCGUCACUAAGUUACUUGACAGUGGCAGACGCCGACGGUUGGGCGGGGUCGCCUUGGUCCAACCUGCAGGCGCAUAUCCGAAGCGUGGCGGGUUUGGCGACUGGCGACACCUGAAACCAACGCCGCCGUGUAGUACACACGUCGUCACCGUGUCGGACGCGCAAAACCGCCGUCUGCCUCACGACGAUGGCUAA